AUGAAGCAACCACUGCAAAGUCGACUAAUAAUUCAGGAUGCCAGAAGAAAGAAUUUAAGUGCCAUUGCCCUUCUAGAUCCAUCGCCAAAGUAAGUCACCAUAAGAAAGGCAUCGAUUGGAGCAUUCAAGAAUAAAGAAAAUAUUAAUAUUAAUGAAACAUAGAAGUAGAAAACUCCUCAAAAUGCUACUACCGAAGACAUCAGAAAAUAAAUAAGCUAACUCAUAAAAAGAACAACUCAAUAACAAAGAACUAAAUUAAAAAAAAUAGACAUUGUCUGUGAAGAAUAAAUAGAAAUCAAUGAUAACUAAGACAGCAUUUUCGAUGAAUUCACCCUCAGACUCUUAUACUAAAAGGAAUUAGAGUAUAAAAUUCAUCCAUCUUUUUUUGAUCAUCAGACAAGCAUUACACCCAUUAUGAGAUCAAUCUUAUUCGAUUGGAUUAGUGAGGUUUGCAAAGAAUUUACAUUAAAAAGGGAAACUUUUCAUCUUUGUGUACACAAUCUAGAUAGGUAUAUGUCCAAAAUUUAAAUCUCUAAAUAAGAACUUCAAUUGUUAGGUUUAGCAAGUCUAUCCAUUGCAUGCAAAAUAGAAGAAAUCUAUCCCCCCAAAAUUAAUGAUUUCUCUUAAGCCAGUAAUUAUAGCUUCACUGAAUAACAGAUCAUUGAGAAAGAAUAGCAUAUGCUCACUCAAUUGAAAUGGUUGAUUAAUCCUCCAACACUUUAUCUUUGGAGCACUUGGUAUCUGUCCCAAUGGGACAUUUAUUAUCCAUAACCAAAACUUUAAAUCAAAUAGCCUACCUAAGUUUCCUACACUUUGUUUAGACAUUAUAUGUCCUUGCUUGACUGUGCUAUCCUAGAUAUUAAAUUAUAUUAGUUCUCAAACAGAGAGAUUGUUGCAUCUCUUCUUUACUUGGUUUUGCUUAAACAAUUUAGUGGAAGUACUUAUUAAAGAAUAGUUGAAAAUAAACUCUAAGAAAGAGAUAUUUUAGAUUUUCAACAUAUCUAUAAACCUUUUAUUGAAUUAGUUUUUGGAUUCUAAUUCACUUAAUUGGCUAAAUGUAUUAAAUACUUUACCAAAUUUCUGACUCUGGAUAUCAUCAUUGAUUAGCAUGGAUAAUUCAAAGUUACUGCAGAAAAAGAAUUGGAAGAAGCUUACGAGUAUUUUCUAUCAAUUUAAACCCACAAUCCAGCUAAUCUUUAAUUCAUAAGAAAAUGA